AUGGAUGAAAGUAUACCCACUUUUCUUGCUGUUACAGGCUUAGAAGAUGAAUCUGUUGCCAAACAGUUUUUAGAAGUAGCUGGUGGCGAUUUAGAAUUGGCAGUGACAUUAUAUAUGGAAUCGGGCCAACACGGUGGGAGUAAACCCUCAACAACAGACAACAACAACAAUACUAGUGAUAGCACCAAUCCAAUAACAUUUGCCAAUGAGGAUGAAGAUGAAGCAUUUGCCAAACGAUUACAAGAAGAAGCAUACCGUGCUAACGACAAUACAGAUGAUAAUGUCCGUGAAGCCGAUGCAAAUGUCCAUCGACACGAAACUUUGGUGGAGAACGUUGGAUUCCCAGGGUUUAUGAAUCAACAACCAAGUAUUACUAGACCAAGUGAUAUUUUUGGUAAUAGACACCAAGGUGUUUUCCACCAACGAUUUGAUUUCCAACAACGUAUGAUGCCUGGAUUUGACGAUUAUAAUGAUGAUAAUAAUAAUGAUGAUAGAAUUGAAGAAAUUGAUGACGAUGACAAUGAUGAUAUUGAAUAUCACGACUCACAUGAUAUACAAGUGUUAGACUCUGAUGACGAUGAACAAGGACACUAUAAUGGUGCUGUGGGAGGAAUAACGGGUCGUAGAAGACAAUUGAGACAAAAUCGUCAUCAAGAACUAUCAUCAACACAAAGACGAUUAGCAAAUUUAUUCCGUCCACCAUUUGAUAUCAUAUCUGUAUUAAAUCUUGAUGAAGCCAAAUAUCAAGGUCGACAAUUGAAAAAAUGGAUUCUAAUAAAUAUUCAAGAUUCACUGGAAUUUCAAUGUCAAGUUUUAAAUAGAGAUUUUUGGUCUAAUGAAAGAAUCAAACAAAUUGUCAAACAAAACUUCAUAUUUUUACAAUACCAAACUGAUUCUGUUAAUGGGCAAUCAUACGUUAACUUUUAUCAUGUUGAUACGUUCCCUCAUAUUGCUAUUUUGGAUCCAUUAACAGGGGAAAGAGUACAUAAAUGGACUGAUGGUCAAGUUCCCUUGGUAAAUGAAUGGAUUGAACAGACAUAUAAGUUUUUAGAUUCAUUUUCAUUAAUUCCUGGGUCUAAGAAUCCUUUAGUACAUCAUGAUGUGAAAAUUGAUCCUACUAGUUUAAGUGAAGAACAACAAAUUGAAUUGGCCAUGAAACAAUCAAUUAUAGAUAAUAACGUGGACAAUAAUAAUAACACUAGUUAUAAAUCGGGAAAUACUAUUGAUGAUGCCAUUGAAUUGGAUAGUGAUAGUGAUAGUGCUAUACCAGAUGAUGUCAUCUCAACUCCAUCAUUGGACACUCCACAAGAACCAGAAAUACCAAAAGAUCCAUUUGAAGCUAUAACCCCAAUCGAUCAUCUGGAACCCACGGAACAACCAUUCACUAGAAUUCAAAUCAGAUUUCCUAAUGGUAAACGAUUAGUACGUAAAUUAAAUCCUGAUGCUAAAGUUAAAUCAAUAUUUGAAUGGUUGAAAUAUGUAUUACAAAAUGAUUUCCAAGAAUAUGGUUUAAAUUCUCCUGAUGAUAGGUUUAUUUUAUCCAAUAGCUCCAACAAAGCAUUUAAAUUUAUAGAUUCUUUGGAUAAAACUAUAGAGGAGGCUAAUUUGAAAAAUGCUAGUAUUCUUUUGGAACAAGAUUAA